AUGAAAGGGCCACAAAUGAAGUGGAAAAGAAAGAGAGUGGUGGGCAUAAAGGCAGCUGAUGCAAGGAGACUGGUCAGAGAGAUAUGGGAAUCAUCCAGGAAGUUGGAGAGAGUGGGUAUUUGGAGGGGGGAGAAAAGGAAAAAAAGGGAGAGCAGAGAGGAGGAGACAGUGGCCAGGCUGGGAGGUGAAAUUAUUCCUCAGAAAAAGCAUUUUAAGUUGUUGAUUGACUUGGUUCAUCAGGAUCUGUUGUUGGCUGAUCAGUUCUCAAAAUUGAAGAUACCUCCUAGUAUUGCGCAGAAAUUGCUAUCAACUUUACCUCCUCCAGAGUCCAGUAUGUUUCGUGUUGAUUUUCGUACUACUCAUGUACAUUAUCUCAACAACCUGGAAGAAGAUGCCAAGUACAAAAGGUGGAGGAGCAAUCUAAACGAGAUCUUGAUGCCGGUCUUCCCUGGGCAGCUACGUUACAUCCGUAAAAAUCUUUUCCAUGCUGUUUUUGUUCUUGACCCAGCAACAAUUUGUGGUCUUGAGGCAAGUUUAUUUCCUAAAGCUUAA